GGAGCCGGCGCGGCCCCGAUGCCGAGCGCCGCCGCUUGGCCCCGCCAUGGGCGGCUGCGUGGGGCGGCAGCGCCGGGAGCGGCCCGCCGGCGGCGGCAACACCCGCAAGCGAGCAGGCCGCAAUGAGCCCCUGAAGAAGGAGUGUCCCAAGUGGAAGAGCGAUUACCCCAUGACAGAUGGGCAGCUGCGCAGCAAGCGGGACGAGUUUUGGGACACAGCACCCGCCUUUGAGGGCCGCAAGGAGAUCUGGGAUGCCCUGAAGGCAGCUGCCUAUGCCGUGGAAGCCAAUGACCACAGCCUGGCCCAGGCUAUCCUCGAUGGAGCCAGCAUCACCCUGCCCCACGGGUCCCUGACGGAGUGCUAUGAUGAGCUGGGCAACCGGUACCAGCUGCCUGUCUACUGCCUGGCACCUCCCGUCAACCUGAUCCUGGAACGGAGUGAGGAGGAGGCCGUGGAGCCGGCUGAGCCCCUGCCCAAUACCCGGCGGGAGUUCACCCUCAAGGUACGGCUCUCCACCGGCAAGGACCUGCGGCUCAGCGCCAGCAUGGGCGACACCAUCGGGCAGCUGAAGAAGCAGCUGCAGGCACAGGAGGGCAUUGACCUGGCCUGGCAGCGCUGGUUUUUCUCAGGCAAGCUGCUCACUGACCGCACACGACUGCAGGAGACCAAGAUCCAGAAGGAUUUUGUUGUGCAAGUGAUCGUCAACCAACCCCUGCCACCCAGGAACUGAGCCACCCCCCACUGGUUGAGGGGAGAGGGGAAGGGGCUGGGGGACAGUGGCACCUCUGGGGAUGUCCCAUGCUAUGUUCCAGCCCUGCUGGAGGCGGAGCAGCCCCUGCUCCCCCCUGAGGCUGCCCCCUGCCAGGGGGACCCGCCAGGAAGGUUUGCAUGGGGCUCUGCCACCUCAGUGGCCCCUCUUGCCUGGGAACACGGGCAGGCGCCGUGUUUUCUGCAGGAGGUUCGAGACCAAAUGUUUCUGGGGCUGGGGCUCCUGCCAGGCUGUGCCGGUGGGGAGAGGCUGUGACCCACUGGGCUCUGGCUCCCCCUGGCCUGGAGACCUGUGGGAUGCUGGGCUGGGUGGAGAUGUCUCCCCUUUGUACAUAGUCUGUAUUUAUCAAUAAAGCCUUUUCAUCCUUUCUCUGGCCUCAGGAACAGGCUGGAGGGGGCUGUCACCCACA